ACUCGGUGCGAAAACCAAAAUUUUUAUCCGUCUUCACGAAAUUCGGUCGUGUCGCUUCUUUGAUUCAGCGGAACGAACGCGCUAAUCUCUCUCUUGCCACAGAUAAACUCGUGCAUCUUAGUCGAUAACUAACUAACCUUUCAAAACACGCAAAAAAACGUAGCAAAAAGACAGACAGAGACAAAAAUGGCAAGCAGCACGUUAACAAAUGGUGAAAAAAAUCAUGCCAGAGCCCAAACAGCAGGAAAGGUGACUGUCGUUUUGGGCGCCCAAUGGGGUGACGAAGGCAAGGGAAAAGUCGUUGAUAUGUUGGCAACAAAUGUCGAUGUCGUUUGUCGGUGUCAGGGAGGAAACAACGCCGGGCACACUGUCGUAACUGGCGGCAAGGAAUUCGAUUUUCAUUUGUUGCCAAGUGGCAUCAUCAAUGAGAAGGCUGUGUCAUUGAUCGGUAACGGCGUCGUUGUUCACUUGCCGGGACUUUUCGAGGAAUUGGAGAAAAACGAAGCCAAAGGAUUGACGGGAUGGAAGGAGCGUUUGAUCAUUUCGGAUCGAGCUCAUUUGGUCUUUGAUUUCCAUCAGCAAGUCGAUGGCUUGCAGGAAGCUGAAAAAGCUGCCGGCGGAAAAUCAUUGGGAACGACAAAGAAGGGAAUUGGUCCAUGUUACUCGAGCAAAGCCACGCGAAAUGGCAUUCGAGUGGGAGAUUUGCUCGGAGAUUUUAACAUGUUCAGUGAAAAAUUCCGCACGAUUUGCACGUUCUACCAACGAUUGUUCCCGGGACUCGUUGUCAACGUUGACGAGGAAUUGAAAAGAUACAAGGAGUAUGCGGAAAAAUUGCGUCCAUUAGUAAAAGACACAAUCUUGUUUUUGCACAAAGCCUUAGAACAGGGAAAUACGGUUUUGGUCGAAGGAGCCAACGCAGCAAUGUUGGACAUUGAUUUCGGUACUUACCCCUACGUUACGAGCAGUAAUUGCAGUAUUGGCGGCGUACUUACGGGCUUGGGAUUGCCUCCGCAGACAAUUGGCAACGUCAUUGGCGUGGUUAAGGCAUACACGACGCGUGUAGGUGAUGGACCAUUCCCCACAGAGUUGCAUGAUGAAGUCGGCUCCCUUUUGCAAACGAAAGGCGGCGAAAUUGGCGUCACGACAAAGCGGUUACGUCGUUGCGGUUGGCUCGAUCUCGUGCUGCUAAAAUACACCGCAAUGGUCAACGGUUACACGUCAAUUUGCCUCACAAAGUUGGAUAUUUUGGAUACGCUUCCGGAAAUUAAGAUCGGUGUCGCGUACAAAAUCAACGAAACGACGUUGGAACACUUCCCCGGCUCGAUUACGGAUUUGGGCGCCGUUCAGGUCGAGUACAAAACGUUGCCUGGCUGGCAAACCUCGACGGCAGAUGUUCGCGAAUUCACACAAUUACCUGAAAAAGCACAAGCCUACGUGCACUUUAUCGAAGACUACCUCGGAAUUCCAAUUAAAUGGAUCGGCGUUGGCAAGGGACGUGAAUCGAUCAUCAAUGUCAAUUAAAAAAAGUGAAAGCUUUAAGCACUUUUUAUCGCAAAAACACACAAAAAACCGAUAAACACAAUAGAACAACAAUAUCACUCAUACAGCAGCAGGCCACUGAUAACUUUCUUGAUUCCUAUUAAAAAAAAUAAAUAAUCGCGCAUAAAUCAAAUAAAAUAAAAAAAUCCUCGACGCUUAUUAAAUGUAGAAAAAUUUUCUGUUAAAAAAAAUAAAUUUUAAGCAACUUAAAACUUUUUUUUUUGCCAAAAUCGGAUGUGACUUAAUAAUUAAAGAAAUUUAUUCCGGCUUUAAAAAUUAAAAUUUUUGUUUUAUCAUUUUUUUGUCAUGCAGGAGAAUUUAAAAAAUAAAUAAAAAAAUGUGUCUAAACUUAAAAAAAUAUUCAAAAACCAAACUUUUUCUGUUGAAAAGAAAAAAAAUA